GUUUGUGGUGUCAACGACGAAUCAAUUGCAAUCUUCACUACGUCGUGCUAAGAAAAACGCAUCUUGCUUUAGAGUGUUUGCUAUCAUCGACGGUUGGAGUCGAUGAAGUUUGGCCAGCAGAAAGUGACAAAUUAUCGUGGGGCUGCAUCGAAUUAGAUGCAGCAGCAGCAGCAGCAGCAGCAGCAGCAGCUUGUCAUAUUUUCAUCUCUCGUGUUGCAAUAGGAGCGAAUCGGACGUGUGCAUGCUCUAGCAAGGCAAGAACGGAUAAACGACGACCAAGACGGAGGUGUUACGACGUCGUCGGUGUCUUUUGAGUAGUAGUAGGCUGCGCGAAGACACCGCACACCACAGGAUCGGAAUAGAAGUGAGAGCUCUGCGGUUUUUGAGGGAAGUGAAAUUAGUGGCUCAAGCGCACCUUCGUCUUCUAGAUUAAUUUUCCUUUUUUGAGUUUGAAUGGUGCCCUCGAUAGAAACUCAAAAUUGAUUGCCUUCGGAAACCGAUUGGCGGCGGCUCUUCGGCAAGGUCCUGCUCGUCCUCGUCGUCGUCGGACGAAGACCUCAAUGAACGACCACCACCAGCGCAGCGGAGGAAGUUCUCGUGCCAGACUACGCAAGACUUGCCGUCAGCCGACGGUAUCGGAAUUGUCGUCGUUGUGGUAGAGAGUCAGCCGGACCAGUCGGAGCAGCAGGCGCAGCAACGCGAAACAGUCGGAAGGAGUUUCGCGGUGGCAGAACCGGAGCAACAGCAGCAGCAGCAGCAGCAGCAGCAACGGCAACUAGCAGCGACAGGUGAAGUCCAAUACGUACGGGAGGAGGAGCAGCAGCCGGUCGAGGAGCAGCAUCCCCAGCGACGCCUGGCUGUGGCCGAACGGGAGAAGGAGGAACGGGAGGGCGACGAUUGUCGUCCUGCUGCUGCCACCACUACCGCCGCUAGUCGUCGAAGGUCGCGGGUAGUGAUAGUGCCAAGUGGAGGAGGCGGAAGUGGAGGCAGAAGCGAAGGUGGUGGAGGUGAAGAAGGUGGUAUCGGUGACGGAACUGUUGGUGUUGUUAGUGGUGGUGGUAGUGGUAGCGUCGCGCUAGCAGGAUUACCCGCCGCCGUCGAGUCAGCGGAACGAAUUUGCACGAAACGCCGUAGUACGAGGACGGCCACACAGCGGCACAGUACCGUGGUGGCCCCCUUGGCCGUAAGUGAACCCCAUCCAGGGCUGGUGGUACAGCACCAUCUCGGCGACGCGUCCAGUCCGUGCCGUCUUCGAUCGUCGUCAUCCACGUCGUCGAUACAGUCGCUGCGUCAGCAAGCAUCGGUUAGUACGAGCGACGGGCAUUCACUUCAUCAUCAUCAUCAACAUAAUCGUUCCGCACGCGCGUUAGAAACAUCCGCUAGCAACAAAGACUCGGUGCAGCAUCGGGAAGUCGACGCAAUCGAGCGUAGGGAGGUAGCGGACGCACCCGGUGCAGUAGUGGAGGACGAGGGUAGCUGUUACUACAUUGCCGCGAGUAGCGAGCAGCAGCAGCAGCAGCGUAGUGACGAAGACGACGAUUGCAGUCCACGUUCGAAACGCCGGCGAAAGAUGCUGAACGAUAACGUUGGUGGUGGUAAUCGAAACGGCGCCGCAGCCGCCGUCGCCGCCGGUCUUGCACCGGUGGCCCCUUCCUCGACCGCCUCACCGAUGGACGCGUCCAACUGUGAUCUGAAUGGUCACACCGUGACCAACAGUAGUAGCAGCAGCAACAACAGUAGUAGUAGUAAUAACGCCACCGCUAGCAAUAAUAGUAGCAACCCGGCCGAGAACGACAAUGGCAUGGGCAACAACAACAACAAUGGACUGACCGCGAACGGUGAUACGGGCGGAGGUGGAGGAUCGCGCCCCUCACCGGCACAGAGAACCGUAAAGCUGGACCGCACAAACCAGGACAUCGUGCGACUGAUUGGACAGCAUCUGAAAGACAUUGGGCUGGAGCGGAGUGCAGAGAUGCUGAUGCAGGAAUCAGGUUGCUGUUUAGAACAUCCGGCCGCAACGAAGUUCCGCAUCCACGUGCUGUCUGGCGACUGGAACAAGGCGGAUCACGAUCUGCAAGAGCUGCAAUCCAUGGUCGACAUUCGCACCGAUCGAACGAGCAUGAACGAGAUGAAGUUUCUGUUGCUCGAGCAAAAGUAUCUGGAGUACCUCGAGGAGGGCCGUCCGAUCGAUGCGUUGCAUGUACUGCGUAACGAACUGACACCGCUACAGCACAAGACCCCGCGCGUCCAUCAGCUCUCGUCGUACAUGAUGUGUACGAACAACCAGGAGCUGUAUGCGCGGGCCGGCUGGGAAGGCAAGGGUUCCAAAUCGCGCACCCGACUAAUGGAUCGACUCCAGUCUUACCUGCCGGCGACGGUAAUGCUACCUCCGCGGCGACUCCGUUCGCUGCUCGUACAGGCGGUCGAGCUACAGAACGAACGCUGCCAGUGUCACGACAUGACGUGGAGCACCAGCAUCGACAGUGUGUCACUGUUGGUCGACCAUAAUUGCAGUGCGGACGGGUUUCCGCUGCAGCCGCUCCAGGUGCUGAAUGACCACUCGGACGAGGUGUGGUUCUGCAAGUUCUCACCGGACGGUCGACGCCUUGCGACCGGUUCGAAGGAUAACAGCGUGAUCGUUUGGGAGGUUGACCCGGUGAAGCUACUCCUGCGCAACAAACGAUCCUUCGAGGGUCACACAUACGGCGUUUCGUACAUUGCCUGGAGCCCGGAUUCGAAACACUUUAUCGCCUGCGGACCGGACGACUGUCCGGAUCUAUGGAUCUGGGACGUGGAACAGGAAAAGUUGGUGACGAAGUUCUCACACUCGACCGAUGACAGUUUAACGUGUGCCGCGUUUAAUCGCGACGGCACACGGUUCGUGACAGGUGGCACCCGCGGACAGUUCUACCUGGUCGAUCUGGACGGCAUCCUGCACGACAACUGGGAGGGUGUGCGCGUCAACGGGCUCGCCUUCCUGUCGGACAACAAGACUGUGCUGGCAGCGGACACACACUAUCGGAUACGGGGCUACAGUUUCGACAACCCGCGCACCGAUUACGGCAUCGUGCAGGAACAGUGCCCAAUCAUGACGUUCUCGGUGAACUCGGCCGAUCGGCUCGCGCUGCUCAACAUCUCCUCCCAGGGGCUGCACCUGUGGGAUCUGCAGGACAAGUGCCUGGUGCGACGUUUCCAGGGUGUCACGCAAGGCAACUACACCAUCUACUCCUGCUUCGGAGGCGUAAACGAAAGCUUCGUGGCCAGCGGAAGCGAGGACAACAAGGUGUACAUUUGGCACAUCCGCCGGGAAGAACCGCUGGCCACAUUAAUCGGCCAUACGCGCACCGUGAAUUGUGUCAGCUGGAACCCGGUCUACCCGUCACUGCUGGCGUCCGCUUCCGACGACGGUACGGUACGGAUCUGGGGUCCACAGCAACCGCAAACGCAGUGGAAUGCAAACGGUGCGACUGGUUCGUUGCAACAGGCCAACCAAAAUCCGCAGGUGCACACGAACGGGAAUGCCGGUGCCGCCGAUAGUGCCUCGAUCAGCUCGACCGGAUCUGCAACCUCCACAUCAUCAUCAACCUCCUCCUCGUCCGGUGGAAGCGGCGGUGGUGGUGGUGGUGCUGGCGGUUCCGGUCAACCACCCAAUGCAGGAGGCGGCGGAACUGGCGGCAGUAUCGAAGUUCUAUCGACAUCGUCCUGGAAUAUCACAUAAUGUUAGAUAUUUAACACAAAAAAACCCCGGUCUCAAGAGCGUAUAUUUAAGCGAAUGGGUUGUCCACCAACGCCACGGUGUUUGUGAAGUACUGCGUGUGGUGUCGUGUACUAACUGCCCGGUGCUGCUGCUGCUGAGCCUCGUAGCUGUUGUGUUGUUGUCUGCCAUCACCGGUUCCUUGUUGCUGGGCAAAGGUUACGUAGUGGCAAUAGGCGUGAGCGGGAAAAGUGUGUAGGCGUGUGUGUGCGCGCGCGUUUCAUCGCUUCCGGAGAGCUGCCAGCUUACAUCGGUCAGGUGUAACAGAAAUAUGUUAUAAGAAGGAAAUCAUAACAGAAUCUAUGAAACAUAUAAUACCGUAAUCUAGCGAUUGACGGUAGUUUUAAUAAUCGAACGAAGUAAUAAAGCAAACCCAAGAAAAACGAGAGAUCAUACAAAACGCAAUAGUAAAAUGAGUGCAAAAGAAGAGCAGAAGGCCGCGUACACGUGUGAACUACAAGUUACGAAGAAAAUAUGAAAACUUUAACGAAAAAAGCCAAUAGGAAGAUUCGUAGAGUAAGUGCUAAGAUGAGUCUUAAGAUAGGCUUAAGUGAGAAGAAAUGCAAUUCAUUCGCACGUAGCAACAACAACAAAAUCAAAUAUAAUAUAACACAGUAGAAGCAUAUGUAUGGAUGCGAUACAACACAAACAGUAGACCCGCAAUUGGCUAUCAACCGGCGGAAUCCAGCGCCUACCGUAAAUGAAGGCGGGAUGGAAACUGUGAACCGAUGUGUAGUAGACUGCUGGCAAACAUUUUCUUUCGAUCGAUAUUAAUCGAGGCAACCGUUGUUGUUGGUGAAAGCGCAGGCAAUAGAAAUGUAACAACAGAACGAACUGGCACACACACGCGCGCGCAACUGUAAGGUUUGGAUUAGAAGUUUGGCAUAGAGUAAUUAUAUAUACAGUAAGAAAAGCUGAGCGCACGCAAGUACUGAUACUGGCGCGAACGUAAGAUUUUGCGUACAGUAUGCAAUAAAAUCAAGCAGGUUGGAAAAUGAAAACAAAGUUCGCAAUUCGUGAAUAUUUAAGCAGAAGAAGGACGAACAGAAGAAGUAGAGUGAGGAAGAGAUCAAAAGCUUACUCCAGAAGUUGCCGGCGAUCACCUCGGCAACGCUGCAAGCUGUUGUAGAAUGCAUGUGUUUUUUUUGUCUUCUUUCUAUUCGUUUUACUCUACUGAUGGUUAGGGCGGCCCCGUUAGCUCGUUAGGCUUAAAUGAAAAGCGUGCAAAAGAUAGUUUUGUAACCCUACACAACAAUUCGGUUGAUUCUAGUUAAGCUCGUACAUUGCGCGUAGUUAAAAACGUAUUUGAUCCGUUCAUGUGUAAGUUGAAUCUAGAGUAAUUUAGCCGGUUUUUUCUUUGUUGCUUUCAUAUUAUUUUAUCUUUCUCACACUGGAAAACAAUAAAACGAAUGAUGAAAGUC